AUAGCUUCGCACAUAUCUUCAGUGCACCAGAAACUCAUUGCAUCUCGUACAGUGUGGUUCAUUUGACGUACAGUUAUUUAUAAAAUCUUGUGCGACUGCAAACUCGAGCGAAAGCAAUCAUGGCUGCUUUGUUUCGUUUGUGUUUGAUCUUGGUUUUGUUGGGAGCUGUUCAAGUACUGGGUGCACGGCGUGGCCAAAGUCACAGACAUAUGAGCCGUCUGCAUUCUUAUUUCAAGCGUCAGUAUGACGUCAUCUGUGGCAGGAUUCCCGGCAGCGGAACAUGUGUAAAAUACACUGAGCCUUGCCCUCCCUUCUCCGAUGAAGAAUGUAGAGAUCACCUAUGUCCAUUUGGCUCAGGAAAGCGCUGCUGCUGCCCUGGUGCAGGCAAAUGAUAAACCUUUUUGAUGAUGAGAAUGUUGCCUGGUUGGCUUUCCAACCGUAGCGACAAAAUAACGAGUAGCAACAAUAAAUGGAGAUGAAUUGAAGCUGGACAGAGCGGAAUCUCUUCUUAGAAUGCGGUCACUUUUAAAUUGUCUUAAAGGGAAAGAGCUUUUCCACAACUAGUGAUAAAAAAUAAAAGCAUUUUUAUUGCAUAUGAA